AUGAUGAGCGGGAAGGCGGUAGCGCCGGUGAAGCUGUUGACAGACGUGGAGAAGUUGCGUCUGUUGACCAAGGCGGAGAGGCUGGCCUCCUGUCGGCGGGGAGCGGACGGGGCUGUCGCGUCGGCCAUGGAGUGGCUUGGGCUGCUGUCCAAGGCGGAGGAGCUGGAGGUGCUAUCGGCGGCCGGUGUGUUGGAUGGAGGAGACGCCGGCUGCCAACCCGCCGCCAAAAUGCUGGCCGCCUCCGUCAAGUUCUCCACGGCCGGGGCCGCCACCCCGACGAUGGCAUUAUCCAAGCCAGUCCACCUCCCUCCACUCUUCUCCGCCGCCGCCGGUGGCCCACGGCCCCUCUCCCUCUCAGCGCGCCCGCUGUACCGGCAGGACCCGUUCUUGGCGGGGGCCCGCCACACCGGCGACCGCGCCGUCGCGUCCCCGGCGCCGCCGUCCGCCACCGCCGACGGCGCUCACCCUGUUGAGGCCGCCGCCGCCGCAGCAGCAGCUCCGACGGAGACCGCGAGGCGCGCCAAGAUCGGGGUCUACUUCGCGACGUGGUGGGCGCUGAACGUGAUCUUCAACAUCUACAACAAGAAGGUGCUCAACGCCUUCCCCUACCCGUGGCUCACCUCGACGCUGUCGCUCGCCGCCGGCUCCGCCAUCAUGCUCGCCUCCUGGGCCACCAAGAUCGCCGAGGCGCCAACCACCGACCUCGACUUCUGGAAGGCCCUGUCACCGGUGGCGAUCGCGCACACCAUCGGGCACGUCGCGGCGACGGUGAGCAUGGCGAAGGUGGCCGUGUCGUUCACCCACAUCAUCAAGAGCGGCGAGCCGGCGUUCACCGUGCUCGUCUCGAGGUUCUUCCUCGGCGAGCACUUCCCGGCGCCGGUGUACUUCUCCCUCCUCCCGAUCAUCGGUGGAUGCGCCCUCGCCGCCGUCACCGAGCUCAAUUUCAACAUGACCGGAUUCAUGGGCGCAAUGAUCUCAAACCUGGCGUUCGUGUUCCGGAACAUCUUCUCCAAGAAGGGGAUGAAGGGCAGGUCGGUGAGCGGGAUGAACUACUACGCCUGCCUCUCCAUGCUCUCCCUGCUGAUCCUCCUCCCUUUCGCCCUCGCCAUGGAGGGCCCCAAGGUGUGGGCUGCAGGAUGGCACAAAGCCGUCGCCGAGAUCGGUCCCAACUUCCUCUGGUGGGUGGCGGCGCAAAGCGUGUUCUACCACUUAUACAACCAGGUGUCCUACAUGUCGCUCGACGAGAUCUCGCCGCUGACGUUCAGCAUCGGCAACACCAUGAAGCGGAUCUCCGUCAUCGUCGCCUCCAUCAUCAUCUUCCACACGCCGGUCCAACCCAUCAACGCCCUCGGAGCCGCCAUUGCGAUCCUCGGAACUUUCAUCUACUCUCAGGCGAAGCAGUAAACUGGCUUCAAACAUGGAAAUGGUGCCGUUUUCGCCACGGGUCGACUCGGUGCUCGGGAUGUAACAUGUUAUGAGCAUAUCUAAGGACCCAUUUGUAAUAUACUAGAGCUUCUCCUCUCUUCUUAUUUUUUUCUUUUUUCAGUUUCUUCUGUAGAUUUUAGCUGCCAAUGUGCUUUUCUGAAUUCGUCGUGUUCUUCUACUACUACAACUAUGAAUGGUGAUGAUGUAGAGAGGUGGAUCUGCCUAAAUAAAGCUGUUAGAUUUUUUGCUUGACCC